CAUGAAGUAUGCACCGGACUAUGACCUUCAAUAUCUGCCCCCAGACUCUUUAUUCUCCAUUACCAACCUUGGUUGACGCCUGUAGCUCCGUCCUUUGAACCACAUUGAAGUUCUGAGCAAUGGCAGCAAUCCGAGUAUCCCCCACCCGCGCAGCCCGCGCCCUCAGCCUCCUCCGCACCGUCCAAUUCACCCAUCCCCCCUCCUGUCCCUGCCACUCAAACCCCACGCACCACCAUCAUGGUCCUACUACAGUCCAGCAAGCGAAACGCCAUCUCGCAACCCCAAUCGAUAUCUCCCAGCAAAAAGAAUACGCCUUCGAAAUGGCUGCUUCAAGUAUUCGAUUUGGCCCUGGUUGCACCAAAGAAGUCGGCAUGGAUUUUAAAAAUCUCGGUUCGAAACGCGUUAUGGUUGUCACGGACGGGAAUGUGAAGAAGUUAGAUGCUAUGAGGCAAGUUGUGCAGGGGUUGGAGCGGGAAGGAGUUCCGUUUGAGGUUUUUGAUAAGGUAAUGGUUGAACCUAAGGAUAGUAGUAUAAGAGAGGCGAUUGAUUUUGCGAAACCGUAUCGUCCGGAUGCAUUUUUGGCGGUGGGAGGGGGGAGUGUGAUUGAUACGGCUAAGCUGAUGAAUUUGUAUACGACGUUUCCUGACGCCGAAUUCCUCGACUUCGUCAACGCCCCACUCGGAAAAGGCCUCCCCAUAACCCACAAACUCAUGCCUCUAAUCGCCGUCCCCACAACUGCAGGGACGGGCUCCGAAACCACCGGAACUGCCAUCUUCGACCUUGUCGAAAAACGCGCAAAGACUGGCAUCGCACAUCGUAAUCUCAAGCCUACGCUCGGAAUUGUAGAUCCCAUCAACACCCGCACCAUGCCUUCCGCCGUCCACGCCUCCUCCGGCCUCGACGUCCUCUGCCACUCACUGGAAUCUUGGACUGCAAUUCCAUUUUAUGAAAGAGUCCCUAGACCAACGAAUCCGAUUAACAGGCCCGCGUACCAGGGCGCAAACCCCAUUUCGGAUAUCUUCUCGCUGAAAGCGCUACGGGAUACGGUCAAAUAUCUACCCCGCGCAGUUAAAGACCCCGAAGACCACGAAGCGCAAUCGCAAAUGCUCCUCGCCGCCACGCUCGCCGGCGUCGGGUUUGGAAAUGCAGGUGUGCAUCUCUGCCACGGAAUGUCGUAUCCCAUCUCCGGUCAGAAUCCGGGGUACAAGCACCCGGGAUACCAAGUCGAGAAAGACAUCAUCCCACAUGGGGUCUCCGUCGCCGUGACGGCACCUGCGGUUUUCAGAUUCACGGGUGCGUCGAAUCCGGAGCGACAUCUAGCUGCAGCGGAAUGCUUUGGAGUCGAUAUCUCGCAAGUUAAGAAGGAGAAUGCAGGUGAAGUUCUGGGAGAGGCGUUGGCAGAGUUUUUGAUUAAGUUGGGAGAUCAACCGAGAGGAUUGAAACACCUGGGGUUUAGGAGGGAGCAUAUUGAUGCUUUAGUUGAAGGCACGAUCCCUCAGGCUAGAGUUCUGAUGUUGGCGCCGAAUUUGGAGAUUCAGAAUGUCGAUGCCGAGAGGGAGCAGUUACGGGGGUUGUUUGAGGAAGCUAUGGAGUAUUAGGUGAGGAAAGUGGUAGGGAGGGGGUCCAUCUUGAAAUAAAAGUGCACAUAAAGAUGGAGAAGGAGGAUAGAAAGAAUUUGGAAUGUAUAUAUCUUACGGGUGAUUAUUUUUGGGCUUAGCAGCGAAGCUUGGUAUACGCGCUUCGAAGCUUUGAACUGUAUAUGAGGAUAUU